AUGGCACCCCUUUACCUCAAGGAUAAGUCGUACCGCCACCCGGCGAGUCCCCUAGUCUGGCACCAGUUAGCUAACCGACCCCGAUGUAAACCGAAAACCCGGGAAACUGGGCCGUACACUCGCAACUACACCGGACCAGCAAGGAGCAAGCCCCCCUUGCCCCCCGGAAGCAGACCUGCAUUACUUCACCGGGAUGUGCCAUCCACCUUAACCGCGACCCUGGGGGGGGGGGGGCGCCCCCCUUUUGCACCUAUAGCCACAAUGUACCACCUCACCCUCAAUCCACAUGAGCCCACCGCCACCCCCCCCUCCAUGUUUCUCCGAGCGCCCGCCCCCAAUGGCACUCACCACUCACCUUUUCAUGUGCACCACCCCAAUGGCACCGCGCCCCCCCCCGCGGUCCCGCCGGGUUCACCACACCAGGACAGUCUUCUUACCCGACCGCUCACUCCCUCCGACAACUUGCCGAUCCUCCCGGGUCACCACGAUGGCACCAGGCCUGGUUACCCCCACCCCCACGAAAAUUGGUCAUCCCCCCGCGCCCAAAUGGCACCGCACCACCACCAAUGUCACCACCUCCCGCGCGUCCCCCGCUUCCGUACUACCCAACCCGGCACCCCAUUUCACCAAUGUCACCCCGGUACAGCCUUGUGCACCCCGCACCCCAGCACUCAUAAUGGCAACCUGGGCACCCCAGCAGAUUAUUCGUCCUCUAGGCCGGCGAUGGCUUAA